GAAGAACCAGAAGACCAAGCUCUGCUACAACAAGAACCAGAUCAUAAAUUCUACAUUGCGAUGGAUUUCAACAAAGUAAACAAUUAUCAUUUCCACCAUCCAGAGUACUACCCUAUUGAAGAGAUCGAUCGAUCCCACCAUCUGUACUCACCACAGUUCAAUCAUAUUAGCUUCGCUUUCCCGUCAUCUCCACCACUUAGCCAAGCCAGUGACAUUUUGGAAGGAGAGUUGUGUACCGAACAAACGUUUGCAGGCACGAAGAACUGUUCUGCUGAAUAUUGCGAGUGUACAUACGUUCUUACAGUUGGUAUAGGCGAUGUUGUUGAGAUGAUCGUCGUAGAUGAAGGUUUUGCAUUUGACGCCAGCCAUCCUGUGCAUUUGCAUGGUCAAUAUUUUAGAGUGGUUGGUCAAGGAAAACUAGGGAGUUCAUUAUCGAUUGAAAAGGUGAAAGAAAUGGAUAAAGCCGGUAAGACAUGCUGGGUUUUUUUUUCCAGAUAUCUUUCAUUUUCCACAAAUAACAUAAAAAUAUAAAAUAUAUGUGGGGGA